UGAAUGUAAGUGAGUCAAUGACCGAUAAAUCGCACCUUCCUUUGCCAACUGUCGUCUUCUAUCGCUCAAGCCCCCCGCUUUCUUUGAUCAUCUGCAGGCAUGAAACGCACAAUUUUUAAUAAAAAAGGAACCUACAGUACGCUUGAUCUCGAACUCCUUUCCUAUUACUUCAAUUUGUGACCCCAUCCAACCAGUUGAGCCUCAUCUGAAUCAAUCCAGCGACACGGAUCAGCUCCUACCAUGAUCAAGCCAUACCAAGCCCCGAACAAGUCAUGGAUGGAUACUUGGAUUCCCGCCAUAUUUGGGUUUGCUCCGGGUCGACUGUUAGAAAUUCCACUGAAGCCCAAACCACUUGAGCAAGUUUAUGGGCUCAACAUCGAUUCAAUCACAGAGUACACUCCGAUCAACUACUAUGCCGGCCACGACAAGUCGGCACGAUUCAAGACCACCAACAAUGACUGUACCCACCCCAGAGCAGUGAGGUUCAGUUGGCACAGCCAGACGAGCGAGACAAUGAUGAAAUUGAAGGUCCCUCGGGAUUCUAUCCCUUGGCUAUUUGCUUGGAAGCCGCCUGGUGAGGUAGCCGCAACCAAGAACCAGAACCGCAUACACGUGGACAAGGUAGUUGACCAUAACACAAACGACACCCUUCUGCUGACCCAGAUAUGGAAGGUACAGAAUACACUCCAGUUUACAAGUAAAACUGACACAUAUAGCCCAAAACGGAAGAAACACGGGUACAAAUCAACCAUGAGCAGUCGCAGAUUCAACGAGCUAAAAACUUGGAAUAGGGCCCUCGAGGGAAGGCAACGUCUGCGACGCAAAGGGCGUUCGAAAGCAGGCACGAAGUCUAUCGAGAAAUACGCUGCCUACAACAACGGCAAUACCGUCCAAAGCAAGGUUCAAUGGCCCAAUCCAACAGCCAAGAUUGGCAGGCUAUUUAUUUAUGUUGUGGGAUUCGCGACCAUUUCCGCGUCAUGUGUCGGUAUUGGUAUCGUGAUAUGUGAACCUUUAUUUCUCCAGGGUCACUAUGAAAGAGAUACCAUUUUUUCUACUGUCACUAACAUUGACGAAUUUUCGUCCAGUGGUAAAGCUUCUCUGAACAACCCCCAGUGUCGGUACACACCUCAGCAUCUGCGGAAGGCAAGGCUUGGGUUGAGCCCUGGUGGUGGAAACGAUUGUUGGUUGGCGCCUCUAUGA